AUGGACCCACCACGCGUCCAGGCGCUCGUGGAGGAGCUGAACCAAGAGAGAGAGGCCCACAGUGCGACCAAACAAGAAGUCAUCAACCUCAGGAAGCAUCUGAGGGAAUCGGACCGCAAGCGGAAGGUCCUUGAAGGCGACAACGAGCUCUUGGUCCUCAAGUGCAAGUUCCGAGAGGGAGAUGGUGAAGACAAAGACGGUGGAAGCAGCGAUGGCGACAUGACAGCAGUCCAUACUGACGACAAGGCGCUCAAGUCUGACCUACCCGACGCCCCAAUCCAUCACCCAGGAAUGUACAAGGCAUUCUCGGCCUCACAUUCGGAAAGUCUGAACGCCUCGUCUUCGGCAAACUACUUGGACCACACCACCCACGCUCUCUCAGAAGACAAUGUCGCCGGCUCUACCCACGGUACCAAGCGGACCUUCGAUGAAACCAAUUCCGAAGAUACCACGCGCGUCAUCGUGUGCAUACACUGCUAUCAACUCAAGCUCCGAUGUGACUCCGGAGAACCUUGCAACAACUGCGCCACAUUCAAGCGCCUUUGCAAGAGGGCCAAAUGCAAGGACUACGAGACUGGAGAAUGCAAGCGAGCCAGCUGUCUGAGAGCACAUCGCGAGGAUGAGGAGGUAUACGACAACAUCGUCCGUACAGGACAUAUCGCGAGGGUUGAUCCUUCCAAGCCCGCGAAGCCCAAACCAAAGAGGCGGCGGGCCUUCCGGUGCAAGAAGAACGACGAUGACAAGAAGGGGGGUUCAGGAGACUCUGAUGGUGGUGAUGGUGGUGGUGGUGGCGGUGGUACGAGUACUCGCGUUCCUCUGCAUUAUUAG